CUUCCGGGUUUCCUGUAUGAGGCAGCGCCUGGUCGCAGAAGCGGUUGAGUAACCCAUGCAGCCGUUCAUGACCCAGGACGGUACAGCAACACCCCCCGGGACUCCUUCUCUUUGGUCCUGUAAGAGGAAGAGGAGCUACGUUACAGCGGAGCACAGCAACUGCUGUCGGGACCAAAAGGACCGGCUUACACCGCCAUAGUUGUCGGCGAUUGCCUGUCUUAAGCUGAAAGUCAAUGCGGUCCUCUUUCGAGUGCCUUCUAGAGGAGUAGCGCCAGGCUUGCCGUUAUGCUCCACUUUCUCCUUACUGGCAACUCCUGCUCCCAAAAUUGAGAAAUUCUAAAUAACCUGCGGGUAAAAGUAUAAGCAUCCCCCUACGGAGAAGUUGUCCAAUAAAAGGUUGGAGGGACCCAGAUAAGCCGGGGGACGCCUCCAGAAGGCAGUGGAUCUAUCCUACCCUCCCAGCCAUCAUGGACUGGUUAAUGGGGAAGUCCAAGGCGAAGCCCAAUGGGAAAAAGGCACCGACAGAGGAGAAGAAGCCUUACCUGGAGUCGGAGUACACCAAAGCACGGGUGGUGGACUUUGACCUGAAGGAGUUGGUGGUGCUGCCCCGAGAGAUCGACCUUAAUGAAUGGCUCGCCAGCAACACGACAACCUUCUUCAAUCUCAUAAAUCUGCAGUACAGCACAAUCUCCGAGUUCUGCACUGGAGAGACCUGUCAGGCCAUGACGGCGUGCAGCACGAUAUAUCAUUGGUAUGAUGAGAAGGGAAAGAAGACAAAAUGUACAGCCCCACAAUAUGUAGACUUCGUCAUGAGUCUGGUUCAGAAGCUGGUGACAGACGAAGACAUCUUCCCCACAAAAUAUGGUAAGGAGUUUCCCAGCGCUUUCGAAGCUGUGGUGAAGAAGAUCUGCAGAUACCUGUUCCAUGUGCUGGCUCACAUCUACUGGGCGCACUUUAAGGAGAGCGUGGCACUGGAGCUGCAGGGCCACUUGAAUACGCUCUAUGCACAUUUCAUCGUAUUUGUAAGGGAGUUCAACCUGGUGGACCCCAAGGAGACCUCCAUCAUGGACGACUUGUCAGAGGUCCUUUGCACACCCCUGCCCGCCGCACAGAACCACGUAACAGAGAGAUGAGCCGGCCCGUGUGCAGCCUGCGCAGUGGGAGGAUCCGGGACAGGGAGGGCUGAGCUGGCUGAGCUGCCGGCACUUAGAGACCUUCCAGACCCUGAAUGUGGCUGUCGGCAGCGGGACCGUCACACCAGCAGCAGUUGGUGUGUGCUACUUUCCUGGCGGAUUCCGCCUCCCCGCCCAGCCCUUUAAAUAACAAUCAUCCUCUCUUUAUUUUUGUUUCCUUUUAUUUAAUUUUCUUUUACCUUCCAUACUCCCUGCUGUUGUAAUUCCCAGAGUGUUUCUGUUCUCCUCUCUUCAGUUUCCUCUCUGCUCUCAUCCUUGUGUGGUGGCCUUGCCAGUGUCCAGAGUCCUAUGGUAUGAUGUUACUAUGGAUGUGAAACACAGAGAGCGACCUUUCCAGCUGGCACAGCUUUAGGGUGCGUCCAUGCUCUGUUCCUGUCCCGUACCGGCACAGUGAGCCCGGGCUCUGUUACUGUCCCGUACCGGCACGGUGAGCCCGGGCUCUGUUACUGUCCCGUACCGGCACGGUGAGCCCGGGCUCUGUUACUGUCCCGUACCGGCACGGUGAGC